AUGAAUGGAAUGAAUGAAAUGAAUGAAAUGAAUGAAAUGAAUGAAAUGAAUGAAAUGAAUGAAAUGAAUGAAAUGAAUGGAAUGAAUGGAAUGAAUGGAAUGAAUGGAAUGAAUGAAAUGAAUGAAAAAAUGGACGAAAUGGACGAAAUGGACGAAAUGGACGAAAUGGACGAAAUGGACGAAAUGAACGAAAUUAACGAAAUGAACGAAAUAACCGAAAUGAACGAAAUGAACGAAAUGAACGAAGUGAACGAAAUGAACGAAAUGAACGAAAUGAAAGAAAUGAACGAAAUGAACGAAAUGAAAGAAAUGAAAGAAAUGAACGAAAUGAAUGAAAUGAAAGAAAUUAACAAAAUGAACGAAAUGAACGAAAUGAAAGAAAUGAAUGGAAUGAAAGAAAUGAACGAAAUGAAUAAAAUGAACGAAGUGAACUAAAUGAACGAAAUGAACGAAAUGAACGAAAUGAACGAAAUGGACGAAAUGAACGAAAUGAACGAAAUAACUGAAAUGAACUAA